AUGACUUCUACCGAUUCCUUCCUGGCCAUUCCGGGCUCGGUGGCGUUCUCUCGUUCUCGAGGACUUGCCAUUGCUGCCAGUUUGGGAGUGAAGGACGUUCGGGCUCAGUACAUUCACUACGUCCACCUAAACCAACCGCUGAAUGAGCGUCAGCAUGCUGUACUGGAGCAACUGCUGCGAUAUGGCGAUAUCACCGACGUGCCCCCAACCUUCGCUUCCGAUGACGGCCAGUUCGAUACCUUCUACGUUUACCCUCGCACCGGAACUAUCUCGCCAUGGAGCUCCCAGGCCACCGGUAUCUCGCACGUCUGCGGUCUCCGUCAAUUUGUGAAGCGCAUUGAGCGUGGUAUGAUGGUGUCAUGUCUUCGCAACGAUGGCGAGGACUACAAGACUGGAUACUUGGACACCCUGCAUGAUCGCAUGACUCAAAUCAUCAGCAAAGAUGCGCCCGAGCUGAGCAAGAUGUUCUCAGAGCACGCUCCUCAGCCCCUCAAGACCAUUUCCCUCCAGGGUGGCAGUAAGUCCCCCAAGGAGGUCCUCCAGGAGGCCAACAAGGAGCUUGGUCUCGCCUUGGAUGACUCGGAAAUUGAUUAUCUUGCCGAAGCCUAUGGUCCGAACGGUGCAAUUGCUCGCGAUCCAACUGAUGUCGAGCUUUUCAUGUUUGCUCAGGUGAACUCCGAGCACUGUCGCCACAAGCAAUUCAAUGCCUCGUGGGUCAUCGAUGGCAAGCCCAUGCCCAACAGCCUCUUUGCUAUGAUUCGCAACACUCACAAGAAGCACCCAGAAUACACCGUCAGUGCCUACAGUGACAACGCUGCUGUCCUAGAGGGUUCUGAUGGUGCUUUCUGGGCCCCUAACACCACUACUGGAGAGUGGUCGCACACCAAGGAACUUGUGCACUUUUUGGCAAAGGUCGAGACUCACAAUCAUCCUACUGCUGUCUCUCCGUACCCUGGUGCCGCCACUGGAUCUGGUGGUGAGAUUCGUGACGAGGGUGCCGUUGGUCGUGGCUCCCGCCCGAAGGCUGGCCUCGCUGGAUACUGUGUGUCUGAUCUUUUGAUUCCCGGGCACCGUCAGCCCUGGGAGCUUGACGUUGGCAAGCCCAACCACAUUGCUAGCGCCUUGGACAUCAUGUUGGAGGCCCCUAUCGGCAGUGCUGCGUUCAACAACGAGUUUGAAGGAGGUGCGUGGCUACCACAAGCCCAUCAUGAUUGCUGGUGGUGUGGGUACCGUCCGCCCCAACACGCCCUGAAAAACCCCGACGUCGUCAAGCCCGGUUCCUUCCUUGUUGUGCUUGGUGGUCCUGCCAUGCUUAUUGGUCUCGGAGGUGGUGCUGCUUCUAGUAUUGCCUCGGGUGAGGGCUCUGCGGAUCUUGACUUCGCCAGUGUCCAGAGAGGCAAUGCCGAAGUUCAGCGCAGAGCUCAAGAGGUUAUCAACGCUUGUGUUUCCAUGGGUGAAAACAACCCCAUCAAGUUCAUCCACGACGUUGGCGCCGGUGGUUUGUCAAAUGCUCUUCCCGAGCUUAUUCACGACUCGGGCCUGGGUGCCAAGUUCGAACUGCGUGAGAUUGACAGCGCAGACCGAAGCAUGAGCCCCAUGCAGAUCUGGUGCUGCGAAGCUCAGGAGCGUUACGUCCUUGCCGUUGGCGAAGAGAGCAUGAACAAGUUCACUGCUAUUGCUCAGCGUGAGCGCUGCGGCUUCUCGGUUGUUGGCCGUGGAGGCGGUACUUCUGAGGAGGAGAAGCGUCUGAUCCUGCUCGACCGGGAGUCUAAGGAAUAUCCGGCUCCCAUCGAUCUGCCCUUGUCUGUACUGUUCGGCAAGACCCCUCGUAUGACCAGGACUGUUGAUUCGCGCAAGUUGACUCUGCCUGCCGUGGACUCCAGCCUCACCAAGUAUCUUCCUUCGCUUACUUCGAGAACCGAGCUUGUGAACGAGGCCGUCAACCGCGUUCUGUCUCUGCCGGCCGUCGGCUCCAAGUCUUUCCUGAUCACUAUCGGUGACCGUACUGUCGGUGGUCUUACUGCUCGUGACCAGAUGGUGGGCAAGUGGCAGACCCCUGUUGCCGAUGUUUCUGUCACUGCCACCUCCCUGCUCCAGGGCGUGAGGACUGGCGAGGCUAUGGCUAUGGGUGAGAAGCCCACCUUGGCUUUGAUCUCUUCCGGUGCCUCUGCUCGCAUGGCGGUUGCUGAGUCACUGAUGAACCUUGCUGCUUCCGACUUGGUGGACCGCCUUAGCCGCGUUAAGCUCUCUGCUAACUGGAUGUCGGCCGGCAGUCACCCGGGCGAGGGUGCUGCGAUCUAUGAGGCCGUUGAGGCCAUUGGUCUCGAGCUGUGCCCCAAGCUUGGUAUCAGUAUUCCCGUCGGAAAGGACUCUAUGUCCAUGAAGAUGAAGUGGAAGGAUGAGGUGUCGAAUGAAGCCAAGGAGGUCACUGCGCCUAUGUCGCUUGUUAUCUCCUCGUUCGCUCCGGUUAACGACUUCCGCAAAACCUGGACCCCCGCUCUCCGCAGCCUCGAGGACGUUGGAGAGACUGUACUCAUGUUUGUCGACCUUGGAAUCGGCAGGAAGACACUCGGUGGAUCUGCCCUCGCUCAAGUUUUCAACGAGGUUGGCAAUGAGUGUCCCGAUAUCCACGACGUCGAUCUCUUCCGUGACUUCUUCGACGCCACUCAGCAGCUGCAGGAGGCUGGUAUCGUCUUGGCCUACCACGACCGCUCCGAUGGCGGUCUCCUGACUACUCUUGCUGAGAUGAUGUUUGCCGGCCGCUGUGGUGUUGAAAUCAUGAUCGAUAACAUCUGCUCCUCCUUCCACACCAAGGAUAUCGUUGAGUCUCUCUUUAACGAGGAGCUGGGUGCCGUCUUCCAGGUCCGCAAGGAGCACGAGACUCAACUCCGCUCUGCCUUCGCCACCUGCGGUCCUCCUCCUGGCCUAAUCCAUAAGAUUGGUCGCGUCUCCGAGAAGUCCAAGCAGAACCUCACCAUCUAUCACAAGGCUUCUCUGGUGUACCGCAACACUCGUUCCAACCUCCAGCAGACUUGGGCCAAAACCUCCUACCACAUGCAGAAGCUCCGCGACAACGCUGAGUGCGCCGAGCAGGAAUUCGCCAACAUUCUCGACGAUGCCAACCCCGGUCUGUCGUGGAACCCUACUUUCGACCCCAAGGACCGUGGCCUGCCCUUCAUGACUAGCCUCUCUCAGUACUCGCCCUUCACUAAUAAGCCCCGUGUUGCCAUUCUGCGUGAGCAAGGUGUCAACAGCCAAGCGGAGAUGGCCUUCGCCUUCAACACCGCCGGCUUCUCCGCCGUCGAUGUCCACAUGACCGACCUUAUUUCAGGCCGCGUGUCUCUGUCCACAUUCGCCGGUCUCGCCGCCUGCGGUGGUUUCUCCUACGGUGAUGUCCUCGGCGCCGGUCAAGGUUGGGCCAAGUCAGUGCUCCUGCACGAAAACACCCGCAAGGAGUUCCAGGCUUUCUUCGAGCGUCCCGACACCUUCGCUCUUGGAGUCUGCAAUGGCUGUCAGUUCUUGUCUCGUGUCAAGGAGCUUAUCCCUGGUGCGCGCAACUGGCCCAGCUUUGAGCGCAACACCAGCGAGCAGUACGAAGGCCGUGUGGCCAUGGUCCGCAUCUCCGACCCCGACCCCUCGCGCCCCAGCGUCUUCUUCCACGGCAUGGACGGCUCCUCGUUCCCCAUUGCCGUUGCCCACGGCGAGGGUCGUGCUUCCUUCGCCGGCACCCCGUCCAUGACUGCCAAGGACUUCGUUCGCGAGGACCUUGCCCCCGUCCGCUACGUCGACAACGCCACCCUCAAGCCGACCAUGACCUACCCUUUCAACCCCAACGGCAGUCCAGAGGGUAUUGCAGGUGUGCGCAGUCCCGAUGGCCGUGUGCUGGCUAUCAUGCCCCAUCCCGAGCGUACCGUUCUGGGUGGCAUUGCCAGUUACCUGCCUCCCCACGCCGAAGAGUGGGGUGAUAUUGGUCCCUGGGGCCGUAUCUUCUUCAGCGCCAGACGCUGGGUCGGCUAG